AUUGCAGCUCCCCAGAAGAUGAGUCGUAGCUGUCGGCAUCAGCUUCCUAACUCAUAAUCUUCUCUCCUUUGUGUUGACUGAAUAAUGACGGUCUGAAGACAGCUGCUGUGGUGUUAGUCAGCUUCCUAGUGGGAGGCAGCUGAGGAAUGGCUGUUGUAUUCCCUGCUAAUGAUUUUUUUUAACUGAGAGAAGUGCCAACACUGCAGUAAAGCAGAUGUGCCUUUACCUGAUGUCUGUGUGAUUUUACCACUCAAGGUCAUGAGUAGCAUCACAGAAAGCCCAUGUGUGGAGCUAAGAGCAAAUUUCUUAUUUAUGCCUGCCUGCUGCUGUUCUCAAUUUUGCUUUCUCUCCGGUUGGAUAACAAGAUUGAGUGGAGCUAUUGGGCAGUAUUUGCCCCAAUAUGGCUGUGGAAAUUAAUGGUUAUUGUGGGUGCCUCCGUGGGAACCGGAGUAUGGGCACGAAACCCACAAUAUCGAGCAGAAGGGGAAACGUGUGUCGAGUUCAAAGCCAUGUUAAUUGCUGUCGGUAUCCACCUGCUGCUGCUGAUGUUUGAAGUUCUGGUCUGCGAUGGAAUCGAGAGAGGAACCCGUUUCUGGCUACUGGUCUUCAUGCCCCUCUUCUUUGUAUCUCCAGUUUCGGUGGCUGCUUGUGUGUGGGGCUUCCGGCAUGACCGAUCCCUGGAGCUGGAAAUCCUGUGUUCCGUCAAUAUUCUCCAGUUCAUAUUUAUUGCACUCCGAUUGGAUGAAAUUAUCAAGUGGCCAUGGCUUGUUGUUUGUGUCCCUCUUUGGAUCCUAAUGUCCUUUCUCUGUUUGGUUGUACUGUAUUACAUCGUCUGGUCUGUCUUAUUCUUACGCUCGAUGGACGUGAUUGCCGAACAAAGAAGAACACACAUUACCAUGGCAGUCAGUUGGAUGACAAUCGUGGUUCCUUUACUCACCUUUGAAAUCCUGCUUGUGCACAGACUGGAUGGACAUAACACAUUCUCCUACAUACCCGUCUUCGUUCCACUUUGGCUUUCGCUGAUAACUUUAAUGGCCACCACAUUCGGACAGAAAGGGGGCAAUCACUGGUGGUUUGGAAUUCGCAAAGACUUCUGCCAGUUUCUCCUUGAGAUCUUCCCAUUCCUGAGAGAGUAUGGCAACAUUUCGUACGAUCUACAUCAUGAAGAUACUGAGGAAGCAGAAGAAACCCCCGUCCCCGAACCUCCCAAAAUCGCUCCAAUGUUUCGAAAAAAGGCUGGGGUGGUCAUUACGCAGAGUCCCGGGAAGUAUGUUAUACCACCCCCCAAACUAAAUAUCGAUAUGCCGGAUUAAAAAUAAACUUGAAAAGGACAGACUUCUCCCCGUGAAAUCACAACUGGGUAUCUGUGGCCAACAUUUUUUUUUUUUAAUUCCUGCCUUUGUCUUGCUUUGUUUACGGCUAGAGAUUUGGGCCCCAGCAGCUUGUCAUGUAGAUUUGCAUUAAUGUCAUUUCUGUAAGCAGUGUCCGUCCACUCACGUGCAAAAUACCACACCAGUAAAAGUGGAAAGAGAACAGUAACGCUGGCACGGUUCACAAGUGGAAACCGUUGAGUCUCUGUUGACAGAACGUCGGUCUUCGGUUCAUGUUCGGUUCUGAGCGUCAGAGUCAGAUCCCCACUGGUAAUGCCGUUCCGCGAUCCCCCACCCCAGACUGUGUUUUCCUCUCCACAGCUCCACGUAGACAAGACCCACGAAGCUGUCCUGGCGUGGGUUGUGUGCGUGUCGGAGAAGCAGAAAGGAGGCUUCUGAUAGGUGGACCUUCCUCACUGGUGAAAGUCACGCUCCCCUGUAUAUAGUAUUUAUAUGAACUUUUGGCAAUGUAAUAUAUUUAAAAAAAGAGUCUGUACAGUAUAAAUAUGUAAAAGUAUUUUUAAAAGGCUGUCUGAAAUGCGUAAUCCCUUGUGCAUGGCCUGUUUUGUGUUCCUCUCGGCCUCCGUUUCUGUUGAAGCACCGUAGCCAAGGCUUCUUGCGCCUUUUGAUUUUCCCCUUGAACCAUGGCUGUUACUAUUCAGACAUGUCCUCGGGUAGGACUGUUGACGCUGCUUCUCCUGCUACUGGAUUAGAUUGCCUUGAAGGAGGUAUGUAAAUUAUUCUGUAAAUAGCCACCAUCUUUGUACCGUCUGAGGUGGGGUGGGGAGAGAGGCCACCGUCUUUUCAAACAGUGGCCUUUCCGCUUUCGUUGACGUUGCAGUCGGGCAGUACUGAUUUCUGACACCCUCACUUUUUGCCUGUUCAAUAAAGCAUCCCCAAGUUUGCCAA